AUGUGUGUGUUUGUUGAGCUUCAUUGUCUAGGCGGAAUUUGGUCCGCAUUUUAUAGGCUUUUUGGAUCUCGAGAAAGGCGAAUACUUAUUCUGGGGCUGGAUGGUGCGGGAAAAACGACAAUUUUAUACAAGUUACAAGUUGGCGAAGUUGUGACAACCAUUCCGACUAUUGGAUUCAAUGUUGAAACGGUCCAUUACAAGAAUCUGAAGUUCCAAGUAUGGGAUCUGGGUGGACAAACAAGUAUCCGUCCCUACUGGCGCUGUUACUAUGCCAAUACUGACGCUAUAAUCUACGUUGUGGACAGCAUGGAUCGCGACAGAAUUGGCAUCUCCAGACAAGAGUUGAUUUCAAUGCUUGAGGAGGAGGAACUCAAAACCGCUGUCCUAGCUGUUUUUGCCAACAAGCAGGACAUUGAUGGCUGUAUGUCCGUUACUCAAGUAGCCUCGUCACUCGGCCUAACCUCCAUCAAAAAUCGGACGUAUCAGAUUUUCAAGACUUCGGCUGUUCGCGGUGAUGGUCUCACGGAAGCCAUGGAUUGGCUUGCUGAUACGCUGAAUCGGCAGUCUUGA